CAGGCGCCCCUGUACAUAUAAAUCUGUAUAUUUGACCUGUAUAUCUGUUUGAGUCAUUUUGCUGAAACUUUAUCCAUUUUACUUAAAAAUAAAAGUUUAAUAUACUUUGCCACAAAUUAUAGAUUAAAGUUUGUCUUUCUUUAGAUGAAAGCCUUGAGAGAAUUAGACAGAUUUUCUGAUUUGAAUAGCCAGCACAUGUUUGAGGCAUUAGCUGCCAUGAAUCACCGCUCUAUUAUACUUCUGGAUGAAUGCAGUAAGAUGGUCAUAGGUAAUAUCCAUGGGUGUCCUUUUAAAGUACUGAGCAACAUAUUGCAGUCUUGCAGAGACCUCCGGUACCGUAAUUUAGAUCUUUUUAAGGGAAUAGCAGAUUAUGUGGCUGCAACUGUUGACAUCUGGAAGUUAAAGCAAGUUCUCUUUCUCCUCAUUUUAUUUGAAAACCUUGGCUUUCGACAUACUGAUUUGAUGGACUUGUUCAUGAAGAAAGUGAUAGCUGAUCCUGCCUCUCUAAACAUGAAAAGCAUUAUCUGUAUUCUUCAUGUGUAUUCUUCUCUCAAUCACUUCUACAAAUGCCAAACCACAGAGUUCCAAGAAGUUAUGGCUACUUCUCUGACUGGUUAUCUCCACCACAUCUCUUCUGAAAAUUUAUUGAAUGCUGUGUGUUCAUUUUGCUUGAUGAACCAUUUUCCCAUGGCCCUUAUUAAUCCACUUCUCCAAAAGGACGUCAUCAAUGAACUGAUGUCAGGUGACGAGAGGAAUGCUCACAAGCUUCGUAUUUUGGCUGCUUGCCUAAAACUGGAUAUUUCUUGUCACAACGUGGUAGAUUUGGCCCCACCACCGCUGCCGUCCACGGCAUUGUAUCCAAACGUGAAGGUGGCAGAUGCGCUAAGUAGCCUUCUGGGAGAAGGAUACUUCUCAAAAAACAGACAGUUGCCGCACAAUUACCAUAUCGAUUUUGAAGUAAGAAUGGAUAUUAACAGGAGUCAAGUGCUUCCAUUUUCCGACGUGGUAACUUCCGCUGCAGAUACUCAAAGAGUAGCUGUACUGUGUGUUCCUAGAUCUACUUACUGUUUGGAUUUAGCCCACCCCAGAGGAUUCCUUGCUAUGAAAAUGCGACAUUUGAAAGUAAUGGGUUUUCACGUAAUCUUGGUCCGUAAUUGGGAGGUGGAAAGGCUGGAGAUGCAGGAUGUAGUCACACUUUUGAAGACCAAACUCUACUCAGCUGAAGCCUUUCUUACUGCUGAUGUAAAUCUGCAAAGCACGUGUUAAAGUCAAAGCGGACUUUUCGUAUUAGCAGACGUAAGUUUGUAAAAGAACUUUAAUAAAGACUACAAUUCAGUUGUCA